UCCCACGCCACCCUGUCCCUUUCCCCGCGCCACCGCCCUCUCCGUCGCCGCCGACCGACCGAGCGCCGCUCACCCACCCCACGAGCUCCCGCGCGGGUUCAUGUCCAUCUCCCCACGCGAACGCACCGGAGGACACUAUUACCCGCGCCCGCACAACCCUAGCCCUAGUACCCAACAUGGCAGCGACAGACGCCGCCACGGCCGCCGCUCCCCUCCGGCAUCCGUCUCGCCACCUGGCGCCGCUGCGGCGGCCGGCGACGGUGGGGUCGGCUCGAGCUCCCACCCAGUGGUUCCAGCUAUUAGAGAAUCUAUUAAUGCUCCCGAAAAGGUAGUUGGAUUUAUAAUAUCUGGGGAAGAGACAAUUACUCAAGAGGUUGGCAGUAUUGAAGAAUGCCACUCUUCAGAACAGGGGAAUUUGGGUUUCCCUGUAGAUAAUUUUGGUUCAGUUGGGCCAUAUCCUGAGAGACCUAAAAUGGCGGGAUCCCUUGAGGCUGACCAUUUGGCUUCAGGUUCUACUGGACAUCAGGGUAAUGGGACUCAGAUAGCUGCCAGGAAGAAUCAGUCCGUGAAUGCCAAUCACCUCCUGAAUUUCCAGUAUGAUCCUAUUUCUCGGCCACAGCCCAGAGGCCCUAGAACAUAUCCUCCCAGAAGACAAAGGAAGAUCAAACCUUACAACAAGGAUCUGUUCCUCCAAGCAAACUAUAAGUUUGUUGUGUUGGAUACUGGGAAUUACCAGAUUGAAUCAAUGGAUCCUGAUAAGAUGCUUCAGUGGGAAGAUAUUAUCUGUGUAAGGUACUAUAGCCCUUCUGAGGUACAAUGCCCUAUUUGUUUGGAAAGCCCAUUGUGCCCACAGAUCACAUCAUGUGGACACAUAUAUUGCUUUCCAUGCAUUUUGCAUUAUCUAACGAUGGGCAAAGAGGAUUAUAGAGGUGAAUGCUGGAAGAAGUGUCCUCUGUGUUUCAUGAUGGUAUCAACAAAGGAUUUGUAUACAAUACAAAUUACUCAAGUCCAGAAUUUCUGUGCUGGUGACGUUGCCACAUUUACACUUCUGAGUCGUUCAAGAAAUUCACUCACUCCUUCCAUUAAAAUCUCCUCCAGUGAAAGUUCUACAGCAGAUGAAGAUCCAUAUAAUGUUUUCUCAAAGUUUAUUGUGACAUCUGACGUGGAGUUGUCUGUUCGAGAGGCAAAAUUGGAUCUUAGUAAUUGGUUGCAUAUGGCAGACUUAGGCCUUGUUGAUGACUUGGAGAAACUUCCAUAUGUUUCUGCUGCUUUGGAGCAACUGGAAGAAAGGAUGAAACAUUGGAUUGAGUACAGAAACUAUGGUGGUAGCCCUCCAUCAAAAGAUAGCUUCUCUCCUGGAUCUAGUUUCAAGUCUAGGAAUUCUUUUGAUGUGAAUACUUCUCACCAGAUCAGCGGCCGCAAGAUCUCUGUUUCAGAUAGAGAUAUGGUCAGUGGUAUUUCAGAACUCUCCAUGUCUCCUGAGUUGAGCACAAACUCUGGUAAAGGAACAAUGUCUAAAGUAAAUGAGAAAUGUACCACCACCAUUGAUUCAAAUGAACAUGAUCCAUACAUAUUUUACCAGGUGUCAGAUGGCCAACACCUAAUUCUUCAUCCACUAAACAUGAGAUGUCUUCUAAACCAUUUUGGAGGUUCUGAUAUGCUUCCACCUAGGAUAACUGCAAAAAUAUUGGAGCUGGAAACUGUAACACAGUCUGAGGCUAUAAGGAAGCGCUAUCGGUUUUUGAGUCAUUUCUCAUUAACAACUACAUUCCAGUUCUGUGAAAUUGACCUGAGUGAUAUAGUAUCUCCUAGCUCAUUGGCUCCAUUCUUGGAUGAAAUCAAGAAGCGUGAGAAACAAAGAAGACGAACCGCCAAGAAGGAAGAAAGUGAGAGAGCAAAGGCAGAAGUUGCUGCUGCUGUGCAGGCAUCAGCUAUGCGGUUUGAGUAUGCAAAUUCCUCUCAAAGUCACAACGAUGUCAUGUUCUCUCUGGAUGACUUCGAAGCUCUGGGAAACAAUGCUGGGCCAUCCACCAGUCCACGAGUCAGUGAAAGGAAGCUUUUCUCUGACGUAACACGCCUGGGUUUUGCAUCUGCUCAAGACUCACCUCCCCUAAGACUCGGAACUGGGGAUGCCAAUGGCCAAAGUGAAAACUCGAGAGACCAAGGGCCGUUAGCGACACCUGCAUUAUCAUUUGCCAGCAUCAUAUCUUCCAGUAGAGCCGUGGCUGCAGCUGACAACUCGGAGAUGCAGAAAGCAAAUGGCACUGGGAAGAAGGGCAAGAAAGCAACUAGAGUGCUCUUGUCGACUGGUGGCGCCCGUCGAUACUGAAGGACUAGAUACAUUGGAAACUUACAGUUUGGUUGUUUCCAUAUAGUACCGUAGCUCAAAAAUGUGUAAAGUGCAUAACCUGGAUUAUGCUUGUAAGUUGUAACACUAAGCGGCAGUUGUUGUGUGCCUUCUGCCUGCCCCUCUUCUGUAGGUGUGCUUGCGUUGUACCCGCAUGCUGUCCCAUGCUUACCUGUCUGGAAACGAGCGCAGAGAGCCAUAUACCGUAAUUAAUUAAUAAUGAUGGCGCAACACUUCUUUUUUCC